AGAAUGGCUCCUGAAAAUAUUUCUUUUGUGACAGAGUUUAUACUGGUGGGAUUAACAGAUUGGCCUAUUCUCCAAGUCCCCCUGCUCAUCCUAUUUCUAGUAAUAUAUAUGGUCACUGUGUUGGGAAAUCUGGGUUUGAUAACUCUAAUUGGCCUGAACUCACAUCUUCACACCCCCAUGUACUUUUUCCUCUUUAACUUGUCCUUUGUAGACUUCUCUUACUCUUCCGUGUUUACACCCAAAAUGCUGGUGAACUUCAUUUCAAAGAAGAAUAUUAUCUCCUACACAGGUUGUAUGACCCAGCUUUUCUUUUAUUGUUUUUUUAUUAUUUCUGAGUGCUAUGUGCUGACAUCAAUGGCCUAUGAUCGCUAUGUGGCCAUCUGCAAUCCACUUUUGUACAACAUAGCCAUGUCCCCUAAGGUAUGCUCCAACCUUAUGCUUGGUUCAUACUUGAUGGCACUUUCUGGUGCCAUGGCCCACACUGGAUGCAUGCUGAGACUGACCUUCUGUGAUGCAAACAUCAUAAACCACUAUUUCUGCGAUGCCCUCCCUUUGCUCCAGCUCUCCUGCACCAGCACCUAUGCCAAUGAGCUGGUUAUAUUUAUUGUGGUGGGCAUCAACGUCAUUGUGCCCAGUCUCACCAUCUUUAUCUCUUAUGGCUUCAUCCUCCACAGCAUACUCCAGAUAAGCUCCACUAAGGGCAGGUCCAAAGCCUUCAGCACCUGCAGUUCCCACAUAAUUGCUGUUUCUCUGUUCUUUGGAUCAUGUGCAUUUAUGUAUCUGAAACCAUCCUCUGCUGGGUCAAUGAAUGAGAAUAAAAUCUCUUCAGUCUUUUAUACCAAUGUGGUUCCCAUGCUGAACCCUUUGAUCUACAGCUUGAGAAACAAAGAUGUUAAAGUUGCCCUGAGAAAAAUCCUCAGCAGGAAAAUGUUUUGA